AUGAAGUUUGGCUGGAAUCCUCUAAAGCCAAAAACUCCACAGCCAGGCCCCACCAAAGUUCCCCAGACUCCUCCGGGACCAGGCUCCGUCAAGCCUAUGAAGCCACCAGGCACUGUCAAGCAACAAGAGUUGCCAGAUGAUCCGCCUGAGAGCUUUAAAUGGUUGCCUUCGCAAGAUACUCCAGUUCCCGACGCUGGAAAGCUUCCCCCUGGUGCUCCAGGCACUGGAAAGCCUCCCCCAGGUGCUCCAGUCACCGAAAGCACCGAAAAGCGUUCACCGCUCAAGGCAGCUCUGGAUUUCUUCAGUAAAAUUAUUUGA